CGUGGACGGCGAGUGGCGGUGAGAGUGGGAGCCAGGAACGCGAGUACCGGUCCCCUCAGACCUCUCGGUGCUGGAGCCGCGGAAGUGGGUGCUCGUGCCCCUGUGAGAAGGACGGAAAGGGACAUUCCACUUCUAAGCCAGAUGUGAUUAUGUUAUUGUAACAAGGAAAAGAUCCCUGGAUGGUUGUGAGGGAAGACACAAGAAGAUGGUGUACAGAUUUGGAAUCAAGAUAUGAAAUAAUCAGCUGUGACAAAGUACACAUUUUUAAAAAACAUUCGUCUUUUACUGUACAUCAGAAAGUUCAUACUGGAGAGAAACCCUAUGAAUGUGACAAAUGUGGGAAGGCUUUUAGUCGACAUACAGACCUUACAGUACAUCAGAGAUUUCAUACUGGUGAGAAAACCUAUGAAUGUGAGCAAUGUGGAAAGUCUAAUCAUGCAUCCAACCUUCUGCAACAUCAGAGAAUGCAUACUGGUUAAAAACCUUAUACAUGUGAGGAAUGUGGAACGACGUUUAGUCAUAGGAUAGACCUUAGAGUUCAUCAGAGAACACAUACUGAUGAGAAAUCCCAUGAAUGUGAGGAAUGUGGGAAGGCUUUUAGUCAAGCCUCUCAUCUUGUGCAACAUGACAGUCAUACUGGUGAAAAACCCUAUGAAUGCCAUGAAUGUGGGAUGACCUUUAGCUGUGGUAUAGGUCUUAGAGUACAUCACAGAAUUCAUACUGGGGAGAAACCCUACCAAUGUAAGGAAUGUGGGAAGGCCUUUAGUCGUGCCUCAAAUUUUAUAUAACAUGAGAGAAUUCAUACUGGGGAGAAGCCCUAUGAAUGUAAGGAAUGUGGGAUGACAUCUAGUCAUGGUUACCAACUCAUUCCACAUCAGAGAUUGCAUAUUGGCAUAAAACCCUACGAAUGUACCCUUAAACCCCCCUGA